UUGUCUCAGGGUGAGUCACGUGGUGGGCUGCAAGUUUCCGUGUUUACAGAGAUGCGAACAGACUGCGGCUGGUCGGCGUUCCGCUCCUACGAGGCCGGUGUGCUGUCAUGGCCUUUUUAAAGACGCAGGGACGAACUAAAGAAAGAUUUUCUCUCCUGUUGCUGGACUUGGAGGAAUAUUAUUUUGAACAGCACACUGCAUACCAUGUGACGACCAGUUCAAACAAGGAGAAAAAAGUCAGGGGCUCGUUAAAGGUCUGUUCAAGAUCCAUCAUAUUUGAUCCAGAGGAUCUUGCAGAGCCAAUUUUAAAGAUUACUCUUCGGGAUUGUAAGAAGAUUGAGUUUUUGGACAGAGAGAACAACCCCUUCCAUGAACCAAGGCCAUCAGCCAUCUCUAUUUUAUGUGUACAGGUUAUUUACAUCAAAGAGAGUAAUGUCAUAGCACCUUACAGAAAUGAAAGGGGGGCAAAGAAAGAGACUUUUCAGUUGGAAGGUUGGAGUAAAACAGAAGAUGUCGUCCAGACAUUACUUCAGCUCCACAGAGCGUCCUGUCUGGAGAAGCUCGGAGACCAGACCGCAAUGAUUGCAGCGAAUUUACAAUCACGACUGGCAAGGUCUUUUUUUGACAAAAACUGCUUUCAGAGCGUCGCCGAGAAGCCUCACAUGGAGUGUGCGGUGGAGAUGGUCAUGCCUCUGGUGUCCAAUCCCGGCAACGUCUGCAUAACGGAUGAAAGCCUCUACUUUCAGCCCCUCAAUGGAUAUCCAGAGCAGGUGAUUCAAAUCCAGCUCCACAGAGUCCGGAGAAUCUACAAAAGACGGCAUGGACUCAGACCUCUGGGCCUUGAGGUGUUCUGUACUGAGAAUGAUUUCUGCUCUGACAUCUACCUGAAGUUUUACAAGACGGCCGACAGAGAUGAGAUCUACUAUUACAUUGCUACUUUCCUGGAGAACCAUGUAACCGAACACACAGCAGAGAGUUACAUGCUGCAGUGGCAGCGCGGCCACCUGAGCAACUACCAGUACCUUCUCCACCUCAACAACCUGGCUGACCGUAGCUGCAACAACCUCUCCCAGUAUCCCGUCUUCCCCUGGGUCAUCAAUGACUACGCCAGCGACCGGUUGGAUUUGACAAAUGCUGCCACGUUCAGGGACCUAAACAAACCUGUGGGAGCCCUAAACCAAGAGCGACUCGACCAGCUGCUGGCUCGCUACAGAGGCAUGCCUGAACCUCGCUUCAUGUACGGCAGUCACUACUCCUCUCCAGGCUACGUGCUCUUCUACCUGGUCAGAGUCGCUCCAGAGCACAUGCUGUGUCUCCAGAACGGCCGCUAUGACCAUGCAGAUCGCAUGUUUAACAGUAUUGGUGAUACAUGGAAAAACUGCUUGGAGGGGGCAACGGACUUCAAAGAGUUGAUUCCAGAGUUUUAUGGGAAUGACUGUGGCUUCCUGGAAAACAAACUGCGACUGGGUUUGGGCAGAAGGCAGAAUGGAAGCUUAGUGGGGGAUGUUGUUCUCCCUCCAUGGGCCUCAGACAGCAGGGAUUUUCUUCAAAAGCACAGAACAGCGCUGGAGAGUCAGUAUGUGUCGGAGCACCUACAUCAGUGGAUUGACUUGGUGUUUGGCUUCAAACAGAGAGGCGGGGAAGCUAUCGCAGCUCAUAAUGUGUUUCACCCACUGACCUAUGAAGGAGGCAUCGACUGCGAUAGCAUUGAGGACCCUGACCAGAGAAUCGCCAUGCUGACCCAGAUCCUGGAGUUUGGCCAAACACCCAAACAGCUCUUUACCACCCCCCACCCUCAGAGGAUCACACCAAGGUUUCAAAACAUAACUCGAAGUCCCAGCAGCAACUCGCCAGUCAGUGAUCUGUCUCCAGCCUCACAGAGCGAGGACUCGUCCUUCGAAGACCUGACCGAGGAGAGCAGGAAGUUAGCCUGGGCCAACAUGGGAAAUCUGAAACCCAUGUCCAGCCACAAGAUCCAUAAAGAGGCUGUCACAGGCAUCGCUGUGUCUCUUGAUGGAUCCGCCAUUUUCUCCACAUCUCAAGAUACGACCCUGAAAAUGUUUUCCAAAGAGUUGAAGGACUUCCAGAGAAGCAUGUCCUUCUCUAACAUGGCACUAUCCUCCUGUUUGAUGCUGGCAGAUGGUAAAACUGUGGUGUGCUCUUCUUGGGACAACCAUGUCUAUUUCUACUCCAUCCCAUUCGGGAGGCGGCAGGACACACUGAUGGGUCACGACGACGCAGUCAGUAAAAUGUGUUGGUUUGAUGACCGCCUGUACACUGCGUCCUGGGAUUCCACCGUUAAGGUCUGGCUGUGCGCUUCUGAUGGCUCGUCCAGUCACAAGAGAUCUCAGUUUCAGUUGCUGGCCGAGUUGGAGCACGAUGCUGGGGUGAACACCAUUGGUCUGAAUCCAGCGGGGACUCUGCUGGUUUCUGGCUGUAAAGAUGGUGCCGUCACCAUCUGGGACACCAGCAGCUACACAACACUGCAGCAAAUUCACUGCCACACAGGAUCCAUCCACCACAUGGCCUUUAGUCCUGAUAGCCGACACGUCCUCAGUGUCGGUGCCGACUCGUGUAUGAAGGUCACUGACGUCCAGACAGGGAUGGUGAUCUCGACUGUGAAAGCGGUGGAGGAGCAGAGGUGUUUCUGCUGGGACGGGAACUUGGUGCUGUGUGGAGGACAGUCAGGGGACCUCCUGCUGUGGGACUUGCUCAGUAAUACAGUCAUCCAAAGGAUCCCUGCGCAUUCAGGUGCUGUCACAGCGAUGUGGAUGAGUGAGCUGUGCUCCACAGUGAUCACAGGUGGAGAUGACAGACAGAUCAUCCUCUGGAAGCUCCUGAGUUAAAGCACUGUUUCCACACAUUGUAUUUGUUGGCCCGACCUGCAGCGCACUAUACUGGUAGAGUAUCCUGCAGACUGCAUGACCCGACUAUCUGACUUUGAACAGGGACAUGAAGUAGCAGGCCUUGAAUAUGUUCACAAUCCAAACAAGAAGGUCCCAUUAAUCCAUAGCUAUCUGCUUAUGAAGACAAAAUGUAUAUUUGCAGUUUUUUGCAUGAGCAAGAAUCUACAACAAUGUUCAAUUGUUUAAAAAUGUGUUCUGCUCCAGGUUACACGCUGCUUUUUAAAACUUGUUUCUUUAGCUUUAUGUGCAUUCUAUUCUGAAAAGGGGACUUCAAAUGUCUUUCAAAAGCUUCCCGCUGCUCUUGUGUUAAUAUUUAUACGACACGGAUCUUUAAAAGUAUUAUUUCCCCAUCUCCUUUUUGUUUGUCUUGUUUCAGGCCAAGUACGUUUAAAACACACAACAUUUAACACACCGCUCUCGAGCUUUAGUGUUUGCAAAGCUUCUGGAGUCAUUUCCACAGAUCAUCUGCCAGCUACACCGAGCAGGGACAUUUUGCAUCCAUUUCUUUUAAUGAAAGUUACAGUUCGAUGUUUUACAGUAGCUGGUGCUUUUA